AUGGGUGAAAUUUGUAAUGUUCAGCCCAUUUUCAUGCUAGCUCUUGGCCACCCUCUGCUUGAUAUUCAGGCCAAUGUUUGUGAGAGGUUUUUGAGGAAAUAUGAUGUUGAAGCCAACGGGGCAAUAUUGAAAGGGCCCAAACAAGAGGGGCUCUACGAGGAACUCCUGCAAAAGAACUUCAAACUUACUUAUGUUCCUGGUGGAGCUGCGCAAAACACAAUGAAAAUGAUUCAGUGGAUCCAUCAGGAUUCUAAGGAAAUCCAAUGCGCUUAUCUUGGGUGUAUAGGUGCCGAUACAACUGGGGAGAUUCUGCUUGAAAGCAUACAUGAGACUGGUGUAAAAACCUUAUACGAGGUGACCGAUAAGCUCGGAACAGGCGUGUGCUUCGUCUUAGUAAACGGUUCCCAACGCUCCUUGGUCACCUCCCUCGGUGCUGCUGCUGCACUCUCGACCAAUUUUCUUCGACAAAAAAGGCCCUGGGAAAUGGUGAAAGCGGCACAAAUAUACUACAUCAUAGGUUAUUUAGUGGUAUCCAGCAUGGAUAUUGUCAAACUUAUUCUUGACCAUGCGUCAUCUCACAGCAAGGCUCUGUGUUUAAAUUUGGCUUCGCCUUACGUGGCAAGAUCCUACACGGAGGCACUCGACACCGUCAUUCCGCACGCCGACUUCAUCUUUGGCACCGUAGACGAGGCAGAGGCUUACGCUGAAGCGCGAUUACUGAACGAUAGGAAUGCUCUGGGUGUGGCCAAGUACCUCGUCUCCUUGCCGCGAGCAGGCAACAUCUGUCGUCCACGUCUGGUGGUGCUGACACAGGGACCCGGACCGAUCUACACGAUAUCGUCGAGAGACCAGGUGCUGCGUACAUUCUCAGUUACUCCACUGCCACUAGAGAACAUCGUGGACACUAAUGGAGCUGGUGAUGCUUUUGCAGCAGGUUUUUUGGCUAGCUACCUCAUUGAGGGAGAUCUGGAGAAAGCUAUUGAUAGCGGAAAGAAGGCGGCCACCUAUAUUAUUAAGAGGUCAGGGUUUUCUCUCGGCCCAAGAGUCGACUAUACAUAA